AUGUCCAAUGCUCUAUUGACACUGCCACCAUCUCCCCAAGGAAUUUCCUACGGACCACAGUUCCGGAGCUCAGUAUCACAACCGCCAUACAACUCGCCUCUUACUCCACCUCACACACCUCCGCAGUCACAGGCGCCAGCCUUGAGGACUCGUGCGAGCUUACGCCAAUCGAAUACCCUUCGCCUGAAGGUCCCUCCUCCACCCGAAUCACGUAUAGGUAUAUUCCUUGGAAAGUCGUUGCAAUUAAAGACAAUAUUGGGAACUGGUGCCUAUGGUGUGGUUUAUUCUGCUUUCGACUACAACACCUUGACCUGGUAUGCGGUAAAGGCCCUAAACAAAUACAACCCAAAUGGAGAACCUUUGGACAAGAGACAACGGGACUUCCAGUCUAGGGAAAUCCAGCUUCAUUACGCCGCCUCCGUACAUCCUAACAUAGUCUCUAUGCUCAAGAUUGUGGAUGACCCAGAAUGCACCUUUGUCAUUCUGGAAUAUUGCCCGGAGGGUGACCUUUUCUCGAACAUCACCGAGAGAGGCACAUACGUGAGUAAUGAUGGUCUUGUCCGGAAUGCCUUCCUCCAGAUCCUGGAUGCUGUUGAGCAUUGCCACCGCUUGGGAAUAUACCACAGGGACCUCAAACCGGAGAAUAUUUUGGUUUCCAAUUCCGGCAUGAAUGUAUUGCUUGCCGAUUUUGGACUUGCGACUACCGAACCGGAGUCCGACGACCACGGUUGCGGAUCAACCUUUUACAUGAGUCCAGAAUGCCUGGAUCAAUCUUCAAGGAAGCCAUCAUACCGAUGUGCACCAAACGACAUAUGGUCCCUAGGUGUGAUCCUGGUUAAUCUCACAUGUGGCCGCAAUCCGUGGAAACAAGCUUCGGAAGAGGAUUCCACAUACCGAGCUUUCAAGAAGGACCGGAAUUUCUUGAAGUCCAUUCUUCCACUGUCGGAUGAACUGAACGACAUUCUAGGUAUGGUUUUUGAAAGCGACCCACAGAAAAGGAUCACAGUUGGCCAGCUCAAGCAUCUCAUUUGCCAAUGUCCCGGUUUCUCGGCACCAGUCCAGCCUCAACAACUACCACCACAAUCCCCAACUUCACGCAGCGUGUCUUCCAACAGCUCCAGCGAUUCGUAUGGCUCCUCCAACGAGUCAAUGGUAUCGUCGACCUCGUCGAUAUCAUCAGAUGGCUCUGACUUUUCCGCUUGUGAUUCUCCGAUGGACAUCGAGCAAGAUUUCCGAGGCGACGUACCAGUUGCCACCAACGGACCAAAUCAACGCCACCCACCACAAGUCAAACAGACAUACGUUAUUCCCUCGCAUUCAGACUUCCAACAACAAUACUACCAGGGCCCAACCAAACAGAAUUCCUUAGAGCAGCCAUGGAUAUACGACACUUCUUAUGAUCAGGUUCCCCCUAUGUGUCAGGCCCUACCUGCUUUCCACUCCGCUUUCCAUCAUUACCAGUUUUAA